ACGCCUCACCCCUUCAUCCUUCCUCAUCAACAGACCCCUUCAUCUUGCAACGGAGUCACAAUCCUGAGUCUGCGCCGUCAUCGUCCCAUCGAUGCUUAGAUAGUCCUGACAAUACCAUUAUCGGUACAUGCAUAGCUUAUCAGAUGCAAGGCUAGAACGCUCGACCUAUCAUGAGCGGGGCACCGCCGUAUGACAAAUCCCGCGUUGCCAAUAGCACCACGGCUUGAGGAGCACGUCAGCAGCUGCGCCGAAAGGUCCGAUGAGAGCUCACGCCUGCCUCCGUGCAGUAAUCUUCGUCUGUGAUGCCGGGACAGUCGACAGCACGCACGUGCAGUUCCUGUCCGACGAUGUCCAUCAGCCAACGGCAUCACAGCGGGCGUUGUCAACCAACAUGGGCGCCUGUAGCUAUAGCGCGGCUCAUGGCCAAUGCAAGCAUGGCGAAGAAGAUCGCAAUCGAAAGGCAUUUGUUGUUCAUCGUGUCUGCUGCUUGGUGAUCAGGACUGAGCCAGUGGUCAACGAAGCCUUAUAAGCAAGUCUCGACGCAGCGGAAGGAAGGAUGCAAUACGAUCGGAAAGAUACCCCGACAUUGCAACGCCCGCUCUAGCCGAGUUGCGGUCCGUCCAUGCUACGCACCGCGCCAUGCUGCUCAAACGGUUGCUCAUCUCCCCUC